AUGGCGGGCAGCAUCUACGCAUCGCACAAGCUCCUCGUCGCAAACCGCGGCGAGAUCGCGGUGCGAAUCCUCCGUACCGCGCGCCGUCUCGGCCUGCGUACGGUCGCCAUCUACACUCGCGCGGAUGCUACCGCCCUCCACGUCGUUCUCGCUGACGAAGCCAUCCCCCUCGUUUCACCUGUAUCCACGGACGACGCUGCGGACGCGCGACUCUACCUCGACCCCACGGCGGUGCUCGCGGCGUGCAAGACCGCGAACGCGACGCUCCUCCACCCCGGCUACGGUUUCCUCUCCGAGAAUGCACCAUUUGCGCACGCGGUGGAAGAUGCAGGAGUGCGCUGGCUCGGGCCGCGACCGGCGACGAUCGAGGCGAUGGGGCUCAAGCAUCGAGCGCGGCAGCUCGCGAUUGAGGUCGGGGUACCGGGCGUGCCCGGGUCGGCUGUAGGCAGGCUGGUGAGCAGUGUGGACGAGGCAGUGGCAGAGGCGAGAGCGGUGGGGUGGCCGGUCAUGAUCAAGGCGACGGCGGGAGGCGGCGGAAUGGGCAUGGUGGUGUGCGGCGGGGAGGAAGACGUCCACGCCAAGUUCGAGGCGACGCAGGCACGAGCCAAGUCCAUGUUCCACAACGACGGUCUGUUCGUCGAGAAGUACAUCCCCGCCGCAAGACAUGUUGAAGUCCAGGUCUUUGGCGACGGCGGCGGUCACGCCAUCCACAUGGGCGAGCGUGAAUGCAGCAUCCAGCGACGCCACCAGAAGGUCAUCGAGGAAUCCCCCAGCCCGUUCAUGCUCGCCCACCCCGACAUCCAGGCAAAGAUGUGCGCUGCAGCGGUGCGACUCGCAGAACAUGUCCAGUACGCGUCCGCCGGGACGGUCGAGUUUCUGGUCAACGACGCGACGGGCGAGUUCUUCUUCCUCGAGAUGAACACACGCCUGCAGGUCGAGCACCCGGUCACGGAGCAAGUCCAUCCUGGCCUCGACGUUGUGGAGAUGAUGCUCGUGUUCGGCGUGGGCGGGCCUGAUGCUCUACGACGACACCCGUUCUACGACCAGACGCGGUACUCUUUCCCGCCCACACUGCACUCCAUCGAGUCUCGCGUCUACUGCGAGAACCCCGCGGCGCAGUUCAAGCCCUCCCCAGGCGUGCUCCAGCUCGUCGAGUUCCCCAACGAGGACUUCCUCCGCGUGGAAUCGUGGAUCGAGACCGGGACGACCAUCAGUCCCCACUACGACCCUCUCGCCUGCAAGCUCAUCGUGACCGGCUCGUCGCGAGAAGAGGCCACGGAACGCCUUUCUCAGGUCUUGACGAAGACGAAAGUGUACGGCCCUCCCAAUAACUUAUCCUAUCUACGCGCCAUCUGCGACUCGAGCUCGUUCAAGACCGGACACACGACGACGACACUUCUAGACACUUUCUUGCACACCUUCACGGUCAUCACUGGAGGUCUCGAGACCACGGUCCAAGACUACCCUGGUCGCCAGAUCGGACUCGGCAUGCCCCGCAGCGGCCCUGUGGACUCGCUCGCCUUCCGCAUCGCGAACAUUCUCGUGGGCAAUGGGGACGGGACAGAAGGGCUCGAAACCACCCUCACCGGGUGCCGCAUACAGUUUCACUGCGACACCGUCAUCGCGGUCACGGGUGCGCCUUCCAAAGUCACCGUCAACGGAGCCGAAGUCGCGAUGUGGACGCGCCUCGUCGUCCCAAAGGGUGGCAGGCUCGUCGUCGGGACCGCUCAAGGCGCCGGCAUGCGCACAUACAUAGCGUUCAGAGGCGGGUUUCCGGAGGUCCCCCAGUAUCUGGGAUCGAAAUCUACGUCGCUGGGACUCGGCGGUUACCAAGGUCGCGCUCUUACCUCAGGCGACCACAUCGCGCUAGGUGACUGCUCCCCGACGCCCACCGAUAGCUCUUUCGCCACGCUCCACCCUAGCCAGAUCCCAACGUACCAGGUGCACCAAGAGAUACACGUCCUUCCCGGCCCUCAGUGCGACACGACAUUCCUCACCCCCUACGGGAUCACCACGUUCUUCGCCACCUCUUGGAGCGUCUCCCCCUCGUCCAACCGGAUGGGCGUCCGCCUCGAAGGUCCCACCCUCGACUGGGCUCGCGCGACCGGCGGUGACGGAGGAUCGCACCCGAGCAACAUCCUUGACAACGGCUACGCGCGCGGGACGGUGAACGUGAACGGGGACACGCCCGUCGUGCUCGGGAACGAGGGCCCGGACAUGGGCGGGUACGUGUGCGCCUGCACGAUCGCGCGCGCGGAGGUGUGGAAGAUCGGUCAGGUCCGCGCGGGCGACACGGUGCGGUUCCGGCGUGUCGCGUGGGCGGACGCGGAGCGGCUCCGGCUGGAGCAGGAGGCGUUCCUCGACGCGCUGCGCGAUCAGGUCGCGGCUGGCGCAGGGGGCGGCGGGGGUGCAGCUCGCUCGCUGCCGAGCUUAGACUUCGAAGACAAGGACAUCGAUCCGCGCUUGCAUGCGGUUCCGCCGGACCCAGCGACGAACCGUCCAGGGGUCGUCUUCCGCCAGGCUGGCGACGAGGCGAUCCUGGUCGAGUUCGGGGAGAUGGUGCUUGACCUGGCGCUCCGCGCGCGCAUCCACGCGUUCGAGACGGAGGUUAAGAAGCGCGACGUCCCUGGGGUGUGGUCUCUCGCGCCGUGCAUACGUUCGACGAUGGUCCACUUCGACAUGUCCCUCACCACGCAAUCUGCGGUGCUCUCGGCCCUCAUCGACGCCGAGGCCGCCGUCCCGUCGGGCCUCGACGAACUCGUCUUCCCCGGACGCAAGAUCACGUUCCCGAUCGUGCUCGAUGACCGGUGGAACCGCGAGGCGCUGCAGAGGUACAUGCAAAGCAUCCGGCCCACCGCGGCGUACUUGCCCAGUAACGUCGAGUACCUUGCGAACAACAACGGGCUUGACGGGGCCAAGGAAGCUUUGAAAGCGUUGGUGGGCACAGACUGGCUUGUGUUGGGCGUCGGGUUCUAUCUGGCAUGCCCGUUUUUGGUCCCUAUCGACCCCCGAUGUCGCCUCGUGGGCCAGAAGAUGAACCCCUCUCGGACGUUUACUCCCCGCGGCGCGCUUGGUAUCGCGGGCGUCGUCGCCGCGAUCUACCCAAUCGAGUCGCCAGGCGGCUAUCAGCUUUAUGGGCGCACCCUCCCUCCAUGGCAGACGUGGGGAAAAGGGCGCGACUUCAGUUUGGACAGCCCGUGGUUACUACGCGCGUUCGACCAGUUGAGAUUCGAAGUUGUAACGGAAGAAGAGUACCUGCAUCUCGAGAAGGUAUUCGAUGCCGGGCAGUACGCGUUCAAGAUCGAGGAGCAGACGUUUUCCAUGGCCGAGUACUCUUUCUUCGUUGCCAGCAUCGCAGACGAAGUCCGCGCUUUCAAAGAGAAACAGGCGCGCGCUGUCGCACGUGAAGAGGCCAGGGAGCGCGCCCUGUUCGCAGAAUGGGACGAGCGGCGGCGCGCAGAGGCAGGCGCCCGCGCUGCUUUGGAGACUGGUGCUGAGAUCGGUCUUGAAGAGGGUGGUGGGCAGUACGUCACGUCGUCGCUUCACGCGAACAUCUGGAAGAUCAAAUGCGCGGUGGGGGACAUCAUACAGUCUGCUGAGGACGUGCUUGUGAUACUAGAGGCGAUGAAGACGGAGGUCAACAUCGAAGCUGGCGAAGAGAACGUGGGGAAGAGAGUGGAUGCUCUCGGUCCUGGCAUUCGAGAAGGUGUAAGUGUGAAAGCGGGUCAAGUUUUGGUAGUACUGGUUUAG